AUGUCUCGGAACUUAGACAGUCCUGUGCAGACGCAAAUGGCAGUGGCGGUUUUCAAGACUCCCCUCACCGGGGUAAACAAGAUGGAAGGGAAGCAGCAUAAACACCAUCACCAUCAGCUGCAGAGACAAUCCUCCGGGAGAAGGGUGUUUGUGCAGACUGAGACUGGUUGUGUGUUGGGGAUGGAGUUGGAUCGCAGUGACAAUGUCCACACCGUGAAACGGAGGCUUCAGAUUGCGCUUAACUUCCCCACGGAGGAGAGCUCUUUGACUUACGGUGACAUGGUGCUGACGAACGAUCUCAGUGCUGUGAGGAACGACUCUCCGUUGCUCCUGAAACGCAACUUCAUGCACAGAAGCUCGUCCACUCCUUGCCUUUCACCUACCGGGAGAGAUCUUCAGCAGAAGGAUCGAAGUGGUCCUAUAGAGAUCUUAGGCCAGUCGGAGGAGUGUUUCUUGAUUGUUAAGCGAAUGGUGAAGGACAUUGUGAAGGCGAUGAAGGUGGGCGUUGAGCCGCUUCCUGUUCAUAGCGGGCUUGGAGGAGCUUACUAUUUCAGGAACAAAAGGGGUGAGAGUGUUGCCAUUGUCAAGCCGACUGAUGAAGAGCCGUUUGCACCUAACAAUCCCAAAGGCUUUGUUGGGAAAGCCCUAGGGCAACCGGGGUUGAAGUCUUCUGUGCGAGUUGGGGAAACAGGGUUUAGAGAAGUUGCGGCUUAUCUUCUUGAUUACGGCCGCUUUGCUAACGUGCCUCCCACGGCUCUUGUGAAGAUAACUCACUCUGUGUUCAAUGUGAACGAUGGUGUGAAAGGGAACAAGCCUAGGGAGAAGAAGCUGGUGGUGAGUAAGAUUGCUUCUUUCCAGAAGUUUGUGGCUCAUGACUUCGAUGCGAGUGACCAUGGCACUUCGAGCUUCCCAGUGGCGUCUGUGCACCGGAUUGGGAUAUUGGACAUAAGGAUCUUGAACACGGACCGUCACGGUGGGAACCUUUUGGUGAAGAAGCCUGAUGGAGUUGGGACGUUUGGUGAGGUGGAGCUUAUUCCGAUAGACCAUGGUCUCUGCUUGCCGGAGACUCUCGAGGAUCCUUAUUUCGAGUGGAUUCAUUGGCCUCAGGCGUCGUUACCUUUCUCUGAUGAAGAGCUUGACUACAUCCAGAAGCUUGAUCCGUUGAAGGACUGUGACAUGCUCAGAAGAGAGCUUCCGAUGAUCAGAGACGCUUGUCUUCGGGUUCUUGUUCUCUGCACUAUUUUCCUUAAAGAAGCUGCUUCUUAUGGGCUGUGUCUUGCGGAGAUUGGUGAGAUGAUGACUCGGGAGUUUCAUCCGGGAGAGGAGGAGCCAAGUGAGCUUGAGGUUGUGUGUAUUGAAACCAAGAGAUCAAUCACUGAACGAGAUGUUAUCUCUCCAAGGUCAGAUGUGGUUGGAGAAGCAGAGUUUCAGUUUGAUCUUGACUGUGAUGAGUUGGAAUCAGUUUACUGCUCCAAGAUACAACUAACCGAUGACUACUUCACGAAAAACCCUUUUUCGAACGGACGUUCUUCGCUGGGGAAGCUUGAAGAAAGCAUCAAGGAAGAAGAGGAAGAUGAUGAAGAAGAAGAGGACAGUAAUGCUGUGAAUGCUGUCCCUAUGAUUAUCAUGAAAGACAGCUUUUUUAGCUCUGCUGCUUUUCAUGAGAAGUCUACGUCUCUUUCGAAGCUUUCGACUUCCAUGAAGAACACUCAUCUUAACGACACGGGACGCAAAAGCCUGAAACCUUUAACCAGAGGCAAGUCUGAAAACACAUCGUCUGGUCACAAGAGCGCAAACGAGCAGAUUCCAGCGAGUGCUAGCUUUGUGAAAGUAGCAGACAUGAAAGAAGACGAGUGGGUUCUGUUCUUGGAGAGGUUCCAAGAGUUGCUUGGACCGGCUUUCGCGAAACGCAAAACCGCAACGUUGAGUAAGAGACAGAGACUUGGCACUUCAUGCCAGUUUUGA